AUGCCUUAAGUCUUUGCUACCAACAUGAGGUUCAAAUUCUCUAUCCUGGCAAUUUUUCUGGAGGUGUUCAUUAUCAUUUUAUUUGGGAUAUUUGUAAGAUAUGAAAACACCCAGCCCGUCACAAAGGAUAUAUUUCUAUAUCCAUUCUUUCAGGAUGUCCACGUGAUGAUAUUUGUUGGGUUUGGUUUCUUGAUGACCUUCCUGAAGAAAUAUGGAUUCGGCAGUGUCGGAAUCAACAUGCUCAUUGCUGCGCUUGGUCUUCAAUGGGGUACCCUGUUGCAAGGAUUUUGGCACAUGAAGGCACAAAAAUUUAUUGACAUCAAAAGUAUGAUAAAUGCAGACUUCAGUACAGCAACCGUCUUGAUUUCGUUUGGAGCUGUCCUGGGGAAAACAAGUCCAGUCCAGAUGCUGAUCAUGACCAUUCUGGAAAUCACAAUCUUUUCAUGCAACGAACAUCUUGUUGUGAACGUACUAGGGGCCACUGAUACUGGAGCAUCGAUGACUAUCCAUGCUUUUGGAGCCUAUUUUGGAUUGUCUGCAGCACGAGUCUUGUAUCGUCCUGGUCUGAAAGAGGGACAUAAAAAUGAAGAGUCAGCCUACCACUCAGACAUGUUUGCCAUGAUUGGUACCCUUUUCCUCUGGCUUUGGCCCAGUUUUAACUCUGCCAUUGCGCACCCUGAUCUCCAGCAGAGAGCGAUCAUUAACACUUACUUUUCCAUGGCUGCAAGCACACUCACAGCCUUUGCCUUCUCAAGCCUGGUCGAAACCAGCAAGUUGGAUAUGGUUCACAUUCAAAAUGCCACCCUAGCAGGAGGAGUAGCAGUGGGUUCCUGUGCCGACAUGAGCAUCUACCCAUUUGGUGCUAUGUUAAUUGGUAGUAUUGCUGGUCUCAUCUCUGUCAUCGGGUUCAAGUUCUUGACUCCAUUCUUUUUUUCUAAACUGAAAAUUCAUGACUGUGGAGUUCAUAAUUUACAUGGUUUACCUGGAUUACUGGGAGGUCUUGCAAGCAUCAUUGCAGCUGUGGCACACGUCAAAUUGAGGGAGACUGACACUCCUUCUGCUCCCAUGCAGGCUGCUGCCCUGGGUUGUACCAUUGGGAUAGCUCUGGGAGGAACAUUUGCAGGUUUAGUUCUAAAUUUGCCCUUCUUGGGACAACCACCUGAUGAGAACUGCUACGAUGACUCAGUUUACUGGGAGGUUCCAGCAGAAGAGACACAACCUGCUGGUCAGUUCGGUGACUAUGGGGAUCAAAGAACAGUCAACAUCAAUAUGUAGGAUGAAUUCUCCAUCAUUAAUUCUUGUCCUAGCAAUGCUGUUUCCAGUUUCUCAUUCAAAGAGACAACACCUAAAUAUCAUCCAUACCACUCAUUGUUUUCAAUAUGUAAACGCAGGUGUAGAUAGCUGUAUUCUUUUUAAAACCCAAACAAACUUUAUUUAGAAUA